AUGGAUAUGGGGGUAAGAAAAUUGCCUAAAAAAAGGAAAUUUGACCCCUCUGAACUGGAGGAAAGUAAUCCACAAGCAGCUUGUAUCCCAGUGUCUGUUGUUCAAUGUGCAAGUGUAAUGUCAGCCCCCCAAGCUACUGCUGUAGAUUACUCUUUUCCUACCAGGGCUUCGACCCAUGAGGAAAUACAUAUACAAAGUAAUUGUAAACAAAAUGUCAUUGAUCUCAGUGAAUGGUGUAAUCACAGAAUCUUAGCUAGACAAGGGGACUGGUAUUAUCCCGGUGUUAUCAGGGAAGCCCAUGGUUCUACUAUAACAGUUGCUUUAGAUGGAAAUGAAGAAAGAAUUACAUAUGAUAAUGUAUUCGAUAAUGAAUGUUUUAACGUGAUAAGUGAUGCGAGUCCCUCUAUAAACCAAAUAACACUAGGCACUAGAGUGUGUGUACGUAACAACCAGAGUAUGUUUGUGGAAGGUGUAGUCUGUAGCAUUUUGGAAGGGCAACCAGUACGGUUUGUAGUAGCAGUUAUCGGCGAAAAAUCUAUAGAAUUAACUGUAAAAAGAGCUGACUUAAGAUUACUUCGUCCACCCUGGUGGGACGAAUUAGAAAAUAUAGAACCUAAUAUCGAAAAUGUAAUGCAACCAACUCUGGAGUUUUAUAGAACCAACCAAGCUUCUCCCACACAAUUACAUACACCCAUAUCAGUUGGCACUCCAUUGUCUAACGGUAGGCAUUACGACGAAUUCUGUGAAAGUGAGGACGAGCUAAGGCAAGAUGCUUUUAACUCCGAAGUUAAUGCUAAACUCUCUGGUAGUAGUAAACGAAGUAGUAUGCAUAGCAGAAGCAGUUCUUCUAGCAGCAUAACGCCGCGUUCUCAACCGACUACGCCUAGAAGCCAAGCGGCUACACCUCACAAGUAUAAGAAGGGAGACGUCGUCUCCAAUCCGAACGGGAUUAGGAAGAAAUUCAAUGGGAAACAGUGGAGGCGGUUGUGUUCUGUGGACGGGUGCAAGAAGGAGAGCCAGCGCAGGGGUUACUGUUCCAGACAUCUCAGUUUAAAAGGUAAUAGUCUUCGUAGUGGGAAUUUUGCUAGAUCUAAUAGUAAAGGGGAUGGUGAAGAUACUUCUAGGGAUUCUGAGACAUCGCCGAAUUGUGGAGACCGUCGGAUGACUGGAAGGUUCGAUCAGGAGGAGACUGAGGCUGCUAAUAUGUUAGUAUCACUAGGUAGUUCACGUUCAGCGACUCCAGCGUUUUCCCCCAAUGGUCAAGGAUCAUCGCCUCACACGAUGCAGUCUCCAAUAACCGUAGGCCCCAGACAAAAUGUUUUCAUGCCUAUUCCCAGCAACCAUUCGUUACAGAAACGGGCAUCUCCCAUAGCUCAAGGAUACAAUUCUUCAUAUCAGCAGCAGGUUAUAAGGCCAGAGGCUCGAGCAGUACAAAGUGGUACCAGCGUUAUACGAGUUUCACCUAAUCCAAGGCAAUGGUCAAAUAUGCCUGAACAGCAAAGUGUUAUAUUGCAGCACGCCCUAACUAGUCCGCCAAAUCAAAUUAUAGAACCCGAAAGCAAUCCUUUACCUCCUACAAGUAAUGACUUCCCAUACAGUACACUUUAUUGUGUGGUUCCGCCAACACAUGAAAAGAGUAUUAUGAUUGUUAAAAAUGAAAUAGAUAAUGAAAAUAAGGAACCAAAGUCAUUUCCACGACAGGUAAUACAGAGUGACCAUUUACACCCUACUCAAUUAAUACGUGUUACAUCAAAUAACGGUAUAAACAGUAUAAAUAGCCUGAAUAAUAACAUUCACUCACAUUCCAAUGGUCCUGGAUUGAUGCAAUCAACUCCGAUCAGCACUGGUUUGCCAGUAAUUGUUAAUCCAACACAGUUGGUACCAGUGCUGCCAUCUCAGUCUCAAUCCGUUGUCAAAAGAGUUAUUCCCACUGCCACUAUUCAACAAAAUCCACCGCCUGUGAUCGUUAAAACUGAACAAGUUUCACCAAAUGCAACAAAUCACCUGAAGGACCCUUUAGUACUACACAAUCCAGUUCAGCUGCAAACCCAUCAACGAAUCACCACAGUCUCUCAAAUUCCGAUAUCACAAAUAAGCCAGCCGCAAAACAGACAGCCGGUCAACAUCAAUCCGAAUCCGCCUAUUAAAGUCCAAAGCAAUACGUUGAGUAAUCAGUCUGCAUUUGUGAUUCCAUGGCAUUCGAUAGUACCACUUUUGACCGCAUCGUCGGGACCAACUUCUCCACCUAUCUCACAAUUGUCGCCUCCUUUGUCGGCGCCACCGGUGAACAUUAAUAGUGGACCAAUAAUUGGAGAUUGUCAUGACGAUGAUGUUGAUGUCGAACCCAUGCCGACUCCUACUGAAGAGGACGACGAUGUCUUCGAAACUGAACCAAGCGAUCUCAAUGUCGAUGGAAAUAUCAACAGCAAGAGAAGGAGUCAUUCGUUGAGCUCGUUGCAGAGUAAUGCUAAGGAAACUGGCAAGAAUAACCGCAUACGAAGACCAAUGAAUGCCUUCAUGAUAUUCUCAAAAAGACAUAGGGGACUCGUGCAUCAGAGGCAUCCUAAUCAAGACAAUCGCACCGUUUCUAAAAUCUUAGGAGAAUGGUGGUACGCUUUGGGUCCAAAUGAAAAAAAGCAAUAUCAUGAAUUGGCAUUGGAGGUCAAGGAGGCCCAUUUUAAAGCCCACCCAGAAUGGAAAUGGUGCAACAAAGAUAGGAGAAAAUCAUCUACGAGUUCAAGAAGCAAAUUAAGUUCAGCCGGUGAUAGUGUGGAGCCGGAUCUGUGCACGAGUCCGAAAUUGCAAUCACCACCACACACCAUCGAGCCAUUAAAACAAAUAUUACAGGAACAAGACGGAACAGGCGAUCUAUCUGAUGACGAUCAGAUGGUUAUAUGCGAGGAUCCCGGAACUGAAAUCGACCUCAAAUGCAAAGAAAAAGUUACCGACUCCGAUUCUGAAUCUCAAAGUGAUAUGGACUCCUCCAUAGAGAAUCGCAUGUUCCAACGUUUUAGUCCCGUAACAAACACGAAUUGUUCUGAAAUUACGUGUCGUCCCAAGCCAAUUAAAGCCAGAAUACCAUCUACAGAAGCACCAAAGUAUAAUCUCGCCACAACUCCAACUUUCCACUAUUCUCCUGUGAAUCCGACGGGUGUUUCUGGUUUCCAACCAUCAGUAGGGGGAGCUUUCAAGACCAUGCCAGCGUCGCCGAAAGUGGUUAAAAACGAUGUUAAGAGUGAUAGUAAUGAUACUUAUGACAACUGGUCAGGUACAUUGGUUAAUAAAUCAAAUGAUGUAUCAUUACGAGCCAAUUCAUCCACCAUACAAACUAGCACAAUCACAAGCAAAACUAACUCUACAUUAGCUAUACUAAAACCACAGAUCAAACCAAAUAUUAUUCAGCUAAAUGACAGCAUUAACCACAAUUAUCAAUCACAACCUUUAACGGUUGUCAUUGGUGGACAGCCUACCAUUUGUUUGUCCAAUGAAUCUGAACGGUCACAACCUUUUGUUGUUGUAGCUUCCACAGCUGCCUCCGAUAUUCCCGUUCAAGUGUACAUGCAACCUUCCUUCAGCAUUCCCGUAACCGACAACGGUAGGAGCGUAUCGUUGCAGAGCCUGCAUUUGUUACCCAAGCCGAAUCAUGCUCAAUCUGUCAUUGUCACACAGGCUCAUAAUAAGGUUUGCGUUUCAUCCCAAGCUGAGUACCAUGCAGCGCAGAAUACAGUUGUUACGUCAUCCAACAAACCUAAUCUAACAUACUCAAACAACUCUGCUCCUGUAUUACAUAUUCCAGAGAACAAAGAUAUCAAAGAAGAUAUCAAAUCUCCGUCAGUAUUAGAUAUGCUGCCAUCCACGUCUGAUUCCAUAGUAUUGGAGCAACCAAGCCAAGAAUUCAAAUUGGCUCCUACACCUGCGCAGCUUGGCAAAGCUCCUCUGCAACGAAGACAAUCCAUGGCUGCUUUCGUUUCAACGAGUUCCCAAGGGAGCCUGGACAGUAUGCCGGUCUCCACCAAUACUCCAGUGCCUGAAGACCCCAACCAGAGCGACUUGAUGUCACCUACGGCCAAGAAGAGCUUCUUCAAGCGUUCGAUCGAAGACGGAAUGGAUAGUUUUCUGUCAUUUUGCAGGGUAUUGGAGCAGGUGAACUUCGAAAAAAAGUUCACCGCCCUGCCGCAAUUCAAACCUGAGGAUGGUCAGUCGCCGAGCGCUAUCUCGAUACCCAGUCCAGGGUUGUUUUACAACAAGAAACGGCCGCCACUCACUGCCGCCAGCCAUCGAACGUCCGUUGAAGAGGAAUCUGAAGCCGAAACGCCCCAGAGUGUUCCGAAAUCAGCUGCAUCGGCCAAACCCAUUGUUGGAAAUCAGUUUUUUGGACCUGAUUUUGAAAAUGUUAGGGCUGAAUUAAAUGAAAUGGAGGAAGGUACUUCCCCUAGGACGCCAAGGACGCCAGGCACAUCGAGAGACACUGAGAAAGGUCAUCGGAAAACGUUGGAACAAAGGCGUCAAUUAGUGAUGCAAUUAUUUCAAGAACAGUCCCUUUUCCCGUCAUCUCAAGCCACUUCGACGUUUCAAGCCCAACAUUCUGAUAUUUUUCCCACAAAAACGAGUUUGCAGUUAAAAAUUCGUGAAGUGCGCCAAAAAAUGAUGGCCCAAAGUAACCUUACACCAUCUAGUGCAAAUAGUCCUCUCACCCCCGCCGAACCCGUUCGAGUAUCUUCAAAUAGUUAG